AGGGUUUCGGGGCCGACGUCUCUUGCUACUUGUGGUACCGGCUGAAACUGAUAGGGUUCUUUUACAAUCUUCCUCAGCUUGAUGAGAUCGCCUCCUUUGCCGUUACUCGUCUUCCGCGCGUAGGGUUCGCCACCAGUUUCUGCGAUGGCCAAGAUCAAAGUGCAUGAGCUCCGCGCCAAGAGUAAAAAUGAACUGCUCAGCCAGUUGAAGGAGCUGAAGGCCGAGCUCGCUGCCUUGAGGGUUGCCAAGGUUACUGGAGGCGCUCCCAACAAGCUGUCUAAGAUCAAAGUGGUUAGGCUGUCGAUUGCACAGGUUUUGACCGUCAUCUCUCAGACUCAAAAGGCUAGCCUUCGUGAAGCUUACAGCAAGAAGAAGUACCUUCCGAUUGAUUUGCGCCCAAAGAAAACUCGUGCUAUUCGGAGGAGGUUGACAAAGCAUCAGUCUUCGAUGAAGACCGAGAAGCAGAAGAAGAAAGAAGCUUACUUUCCGAUGAGAAAAUUCGCAGUUAAGGCUUAAAUUCUCAUGUUUAAUAUGGUACUGGCUUGUCAUGUAGUCUAAACGCUGGCAUGCGACUUGCCUUGUCAACCGUGUAGGCGAUUGCUUGUCGACUCUCAAGAAAUUUUGAUACUCUUUUGUUCACAUAUUUCUUCUAUGGACGAAGAGAGGAACAUGUUACUGAGUGGAGCUGAAUUGUCUUAAGAUUUCCCGGAGCACCGUUUGGGUUUUUAAUCAUCUUUUUGUUUAAAGUUUUUCACACAA